UCAGUGUCUGCCCGGCUCCCGCUCCGUCAACACUGCCACUACAACCUACACUGCCCUCCCCCCCACCCCAAGGCUGUGCCACGAUCCAGUGCUGCGAGAGAGAGAGAGAGGCCGAGUCCGCGAGACAUUGGGCAUCCUCUCACCCCCCAACCAAUACCCACAACCCCUUUGCCCUCUGCCCACCAGCGGUGCCAGGCCUUCAUGGUGUAGUGGCGGCCUUCCCGUCGAGUGAGUCGCCUCUCGCUUCCGCAGCCCGAACGCACUCGCUCGCUCGCUCGUGACGCUCCCUCUCUUCCAACCUUCGUGUUCUCUGCGUUGUGUGCGCGCGUGGACUCUUUCGCAAACUCUGAUAGGGGGGAAAAAUCGAGAACUAUUAACUCCACACUCACGCACACACUCUAAGAUGCUGAUUGGACUCGUUCGAGACUCCUUCCUCAGGUGCUUCUGUCAGACCUGCUCCGUCAACUCCGCCAUUCCAGGGCGGUACCAUAAGAAGCCAAUUAAGAAGACGAACAAGAAGCCCAAAUGCAAACAGCCCAAGAAGUGCAGGAAGUAUGUCGCCACCGAGAUCAGGUGCGAAGAGAAGUCCCGCGGAGGCAUGUGCUACGAGGUGAUCCUGGCCGAGCCCUCUGCCGACAAGCCCACCCCCACCACCACCUCCCCCCGGCCCAAGAGCAUGACUGCCGAGGAGAUCACCCAGAAGCUCCUGCAGGCUGAGGAGCGCAGGAAGUCGAUGGAGGCCUCCCGCCUGGCCAGCGUGGGCGAGCGCCUGACCCGCCUGGAGGAGGCGAGCCGCAAGAGAGAGGAGACCAACGCCGCCUUCAUCGCUGCCACUCAGACCGCCCUCGAGGACAAGCUUGACACUACCUCCAGCAACCGCGAGGCCUACCUCAACGGCCUCCGCGCCAAGAUCUCGGACCAUCUGAAUAACGUGGAGAGCGUGCGCAAACAGCUGGACGCACAGACGGACGAGCUGCGCCAGACCAUCGAGGACAAGCUGCGCUCCGCCGAGGAGAACAGGAACGAGAACAUGGGCAAGAUGCUCGAGAAGCUGAAGGACCAUGAGGAGUACGCCCAGAAGGUGCGUCUGGGUCACGAGGAGGCCAUCCGGCAGCUGGAGGAGCGAAUUCAGGCCAAGCUCGAGAUCGCAGAGGCCAACCGUGAGACAGAGAUCAUGAAGAAGCUCGAAACUCUCCGGGAACACUCCAAUAAAAUCAAUGAGGCCCAAGAGCUGGUUAACAAGAAGGCCGAGGAGGUGUUGAAGCAGCGCGAGCAGGAAGUGGCGGCCAAGGAGGAGCGCCUGCGGAAGAUCUCGCAGGAGAAGGAGGCCAAGAGGCAGGAGCACACGAAGACGGUGAGCGAGAAGAUCGAGCAGGCGCACGAGAACAAGGCCAAGGAGGAGGAGGAGCUCAAGAAGAAGACGGCGGAGAAGCUGGAACAGAAGCUGGAGAUCGCCGACAAGAACCGGAUGGAGAUGGCGGAGAAGGCGAAGAAGGCCAAGGAGGAACAAGAUCGCCGAGCUGAGCUAGUCCGUGCUAACAAGGAGCGUCUCAUGGCCGCCGAGAAGCACGAGACCGCCUCAUCCGGUUAAUUAGCUAAUUA